AAUGGUUAUUCAGCUUCAGCAAAUACAUCAGAGUAUUAUUAUGGAAGUACAAGUUCUCCAGCGACAGGUAAUAGUAACAGUAGCAGUACAAAUCCUCAACAACAAACAGCACCACCCUCAACAUCUUCACAGGGAUAUGCUUCUCAUCCAAGGAAUGAGGGAUAUGAAGGAGGUGGAGGAAGCAGUUAUUCUUCUGGUUAUAACUAUAGCAAUUACCCUGCGCCAGCAACUUCGGGGAGUUAUCAAACAGGUCAGAAUUCAUCGACAGGAGGAUCCGCAAAUUCUCCUGCCCCACCAUAUAAUUCAAAUGGUGGAACAAAUAAGACGAGCUAUGGGGAUCGUGGUAGUGAUUAUGAUGACGGUGCAAGUUAUAGUGGAAACAAAAACCCAUAUGGAGAAGAUUACGGUGGCAACUAUAAAUCUCGUGAUAACAGUAGAGAAGGCGGAUACGGUCCACCACCCAAAGAUGAUGGUGCGUUCAAUAAUUACGGUAAUCGUUCAGAAGAUGGUUCAAUGACUCAAAGUGUCGAUACGAUUUACAUUUCAAAUUUAAGCAAAGAAGUUACGGAAGAAAAGUUGGCAGAUUAUUUCGGUAGUCUUGGAAUGUUGAAAAUAGACAAGAGAACUCAGAAACCGAAGAUAUGGAUAUAUUACGACAAGGCAACUGGUAUCCCUAAGGGAGAUGCAACUUUAACAUACGAAGACCCGGACUCAACCAAAGCGGCAAUAAAGUAUUUUGACAAUCAACCGUUCCUUGGCCAGCCUAUAAAAGUAGAAAUGUCUGUAAGAAAAAUUUCUUCAGGAUUUAGGGCUCGCGGUGGUAGAGGUAGGGGACGUGUUGGAUUCUCCGGUAGAGGCGGCAGUGGUCGCGGUGGUGGUGGCCCACCUCCACGCGAAGGCGAUUGGACAUGUGAAUCUUGCCAUUCAAAUAACUUUGCAAGAAGAACAGAAUGCUACAAGUGUUCCAUGCCUCGUGGAGAUGCAACUGGAAGUGAAGGCGGGUUUGGGGGUCGAUAUUCUGGAUCACCAAGAGGUGGGUAUAGAGGUCGUCGCGGCGGACCAUCAUCUUAUGGUAGCCGUUAUAACGGUGAGGAUAGAGGCUAUGGAGGCAGCGGCUAUCGUAAUAAUGAUAGUGGUUAUGAUCAAAAUUAUGGAAGACCGAACAAACCGGAUGAUCGACAAGAACGCAGGGAGAAUUCUAGAUAUCGUCCUUACUAG